AUGCAGCUCGACAUCUACUGGACGACGCUCUUGAUCCUCCUUCCGACGGUCAUCAUCCUCACAGGCCGCAAUUUCAUACUCCGACCCUUUGCGCGGAUCCAAUCAAGAUGGCAGAAGAUCGAAUCCAACGAGAAAGACGACGACCACUCACCGCAAGAUGCUGACGAGGCAGGGCCAACAUCCAGAGAAGACGACCUGAGAAAGUUCCACCACAGCUUUCUCAGCAUCUACCUGCUUGUCAUGUCCUCCGAAUGGCUGUCCGGGCCGUACUUGUACGCCCUCCUACGCGACGACAGGAAACUCCCCGAAUCGGUCGUGGUUGGGCUGUACGCCACCGCGUACACAUCAGCUGCGAUAUCUGCGCUAGGUGUGGGUUUUCUUGCGGAUCGCUGGAUGGUUACAGAGUGGAACGCGAGAGGAUUAGACCAGAAUGGUGUGGAAGGAGGGUAUGGAGGUCUCAGCGAGAUGUUUGGCGUGAUGACUACGACGAAUUGUAUGGCUGCUAUCGUAGGCGGGCUGUUUGGGCAUUGCAUGGUCUCGGCAAUAGGUUCGAAGAUAUGGCCGUUUUGGGCUGGAAUAGUCCUUCAAGGCGUCGCGGCAGUCUUGAUGCUGAAACGAUGGAACGAGAACUUCGGCAUGAAGCAACAUCUCAGCCAGAACGAUCAGGAGUGUGUUGUAACCGACAGCAGCGGCACCGGACGGCUCGGUGACGGCCGCAUAUGGGCUUUGACCUUUGUGACGUGCUGCUUCGAGGGCACGGCGUUCCUCGUGAUCUUUCUUUGGCCGAGCGUCUUGCAGGGUGCUCACGAAGCAGCGUCUGCUGGUGCUACCUCCGUCGAGAUCCCUUAUGGUGUUAUUUUCGGCUCAUUUAUGGCCGCGAUGAUCAUUGGAGCGAUCUUCUUCAGCGCCUCGUCGAAGUCGAUGAAGACCCAGGCCGCUCCCGUCUGGCUCCUUCUCAGCGCCGUCACCCUGGCCAGUCUCAGCCUAUGGCUGCUGGGCGUCCUCGAGGUUGAGAUUCCCCUUUACUACGCGUUCUUGGCAUUUGAGGUUGCAAAUGGUAUAUACGUGCCCAGCAUGGCGUAUAUGCGUGGGUUGGUCGUUGAUAGCAAGAGCCGCGCUGGGAUAUACGGGCUGAUGAAAAUUCCCUUAUUUGUUUUCGUGAUUCUCGCGCUGGGAAUCACGGCCGAGGGCAAACGUUUCCGGUGCUUUGUCUUUGCCUCUGCAUCGAUGUCCCUCUUACUAGCGGGUGUUGCGCUGCUGGUUGGGUUCUGGGGGAGCCUGGGCCGCUCAGAUGGAGCUUCCUGUGGUCUGCAGAGAGAAGUCGAGCAUGCAGGCGGCGAAUUGGCAGGAGAGCAUGGAGUGAAUAUAGGGGAGGGUGAAGCAAGUUUGAGCAAGAGGCUUGACGUCCCGUGA